AUGCGACUUCCCCGCAAGAAGGAGUACGAAGAUACUUCAUCAGAAGAUCUAGAACAGGCAGCCCAGGAUCAAUCAGAAACCGCACCUCCUGACGGGGGCUACAAAGCAUGGACCCAAGUCAUCUGUAUGCACAUUGUGUUCUUUAACACGUGGGGCAUCACCAACGGCUAUGGGAUUUUCCAACAAUACUACUUGCAAAGAUUCAACGAGUCAGAGUCGGCCAUCUCAUGGAUCGGAAGUGUUCAGACAUUUUUCGUCUUCUUCAUUGGCGUCGGGUCUGGGCGUUUGACUGAUGCCGGUCACUUCCGCGUCACAUUCACGAGCGGUGUCUUCCUCCAGGUGCUCGGACUCUUCAUGACAUCUCUGUGCCAAACCUAUUGGCAAGUGUUCUUGGCGCAGGCUGUUUGUCUGGGCAUUGGGAGCGGUCUCACAUUCUGCCCAGGUCUGGCUGUUCUCUCUCAAUACUUCAAACGAAACCGAUCCUUGGCCGUGGGCUUUGCUGCUGCCGGCGCGGCCUUGGGAGGUUUGGUGUAUCCAGUCAUGCUUAAUCGGCUAAUAUUCUACGACGGUCUGGGCUUUCCUUGGACUUUACGCAUCAUGGGCUUUAUUAUGCUCGCUACUUACAUCCCUUGUUUGGUUUGGAUGAGGCCGCGCCUGCCACCACGCAAAACUGGGCCCUUGAUAGACAGUUCUGCUUUCAAAGAGCUGCCCUUUAUCUUCUUCUCUCUGAGUAUGUUCUUGAACUUCUGGGGUCUUUAUUUCGCUUUCUUCUACUUGGGAACCUUUGCCCGCAAUCAGGUUGGGGUCAGUGAUCCCAUUUACUUACUCAUGAUUCUCAAUGGCGUCGGCGUUGUGGGGCGAAUUGCUCCAAACAUUAUUGCCGACAGAUGGACUGGAGUUCUCAACAUAUUGGUUGUGUUGAGCUUCAUAUGCAGUUUACUUGUGUAUUGCUGGGCUGCCGUCGACGCCCGAGCAGGGCUGGUGGCAUUUGCGGUCAUCUACGGUUUACUUGCGGCGGCCUUGCAAUCUCUCUUCCCAGCCGCCGUUACAACAAUGACACCUGACCCCAGUAGGACUGGUACGCGGGUUGGGAUGGUUCUAGCCUUUGUCAGUUUCGCAAACCUGACUGGCCCGGCCAUUUGUGGUGUGUUGAUAAGGAAACAAGACGGAAACUAUCUAGGGGCUCAAGUGUUUGCUGCUUCUUCGAUUUUCGUUGGUGCCCUGAUGGCCGUGGCUGCAAGAAUCGCAAAGACGGGUUUUGUAAUUAGUGUUAAAGCAUGAAGCUUCGUUGAUGAACAAAA